AUGGAUCGUGACACGCAAAUUGGCCAAGAGGCAUCAAGGGUGUCGUCAAGGUCACCUCGCCACAAACACAGUGAUUCUGCUGCAAAACACUGGCGAAUCGAGAGAAGUUGGGCCACGCCAUUCAUGAUGGACUUUGGCGCGUCAUCCGAGACGCAGAGCACUGCAUCGUGCAGUGUGCAUGGGAAUCUCGAGCGACCUCAGCUGUGUUGCACGUUUCGUGUUUCUUUGCUCGUCGCGCCACGCUUUUCGUCUCAGUGCUUCGGCAAUUCACGAUUCGCUGUUCUGAGACAAACGGCAAGCCCAACAGCAGUCAUCAGAUUUGGCUCACUGCAGCGCCUACUCAGCUCUGCUUCCUCACAUGUCUCCUCCCUUCUGGCUGCCAACCUGUCUGAGCUACGUUCCGUGGUUGUCCACAAUCAACGCGCCUCUUCUCUUUGUAUGGAGGUCACGAAUCGUUCGGUUUCACAGAUCAGCCCCCAUCUCUUUCACCAAUCAAUCUGGAUCGCCGGACAGUUUCGGGUGAACGACAUCGGCUUGCCAAUUUCGGAGCCAAUUUGGAAGCAGAACGAUGGGGAGCGACCGCCGUCAGCUACUUGGGCUGCCACAUCCUUUGCAUGCACGAUCAAAAGUGGUCUUGCAAGCUAUGCACAUGCCUGUCUUGUCGCGUACCAUGUGACUCCCUACUCAGAAAGCGGGGGUGUGUCACUCUGCCUCCAGUGCAAGCCAAGCUUUAAUUUGCAGGAUAACCCAGCAAAGUGCGCCACGGCUCAGACGGGACUAAGCUGGUGGAGACCACUAGACGUCGGUUCUCACCAUGCAGACUCCAGACUCACAACUGUCGCUAGUUUGUGUGCAGAGCCGAUCCGAUCCUCCCCCACACUCGUGAUUUUGCCUCGUUUUCUGAGUUUGCAGUACAAUACAGUGACGAAUACUGUAUGUCACAAAUGGACUGCCACGCGUCUCUUGACUCCGACCAAAGCCGCCAGCUCGUUUCACAGCAAACAAAGAAACACAGAACCGCCAAGCAUCAUACGGCAUCGCAAACGAGCUGGCAUGCCUCCAUUCGUUGUGCAAAGCAGGCCAGAAAAGAAGAGAAGACUGUCUGCAAAAAGUGCACGCAGUUAG